AGGCUAGAGGCCGACGACCCGCGAGCUCGCUGCGAAAGGUCGGCCGAGACCGUGCGCCCACGGGGAGCCCGCCUUUGAGCGCAGCACGCUGGCCAAACGGAGCAAGGGACCUGCUGGUGACUAGAGGACGGAGAUUUUUAAAAGACCCGACCCAGAGAGGAAGAACAUUUUUUUUUAGCUUGCAGACCGGAAGGAGGAGAGUCGCUGAGAGGGAGACCUAGGUGGGACUCCGGGCAGCCGGCCCUGGCAUCUGGAGGUUUUCUUCGCUGGCCGGGCUCAUCGCGAGUGUCUCAGUUCACCCUGUCGUCGGGCAGCUUCUCCUGACAGCCCCCACCCUCCUCCAGGAAAGCCCGGCGAGUGGGUCCUGUCGCCGCCGCCCUGCACAGAGAAAGCCCGGCGGCCGCACCGCAGCCGAGGGCACCUGGUAUUUAGUUUCCGGCCGGAGGGCAGCUGCGCCCGAAGCCAGGCUGCGUGCCGGCGCGGCUGGUUCGGAGCGGUCGCUUCCUGCGGGGCAGGGAGGGGGCCGGAGCCGCCGGAGGCUGCGCCUGACCCGGAGGAUGCCCAGGAGCCUGCCGGAGCCUCUCCGGAUCAGAACUUAGUAGGCUGUCCGCCCCCACCGCCUUCAGUCCCUGGGCCGCGCACCGGCAGGCGGGGGCCAAGGGGGCGCCCUCCCCCCUCGGCUCCGCCGCCCGCCGCUUUGUUCCGGGCGCGAGAAGGGAAGGCGAGGCUGCGGCGGAUCAUGCCCAUGGUGUAGCCGCGAAGCGGAGGCAUGGCUGCCGGAAGGUUACUGCUCUACACGGGCCUCUCGCUAGCGCUCUGCGCCCUCGGCAUGCUGGCCGUGGCCAUCUGCUCGGACCACUGGUACGAGACGGACGCCAGGAAGCACAGGGACAGGUGCAAGGCCUUCAACACCCGCCGGGUCGACCCCGGCUUCAUCUACAACAACAACAACAACUUGCCGCUGCGGGCGAGCCGCUCGCGCCUGGACCGCUGGGAGGGCAAACUCCUCCGGGCCCGGAACCGCCGGCAGCUCUUCGCCAUGAGCCCCGCUGACGAGUGCAGCCGGCAGUACAACUCCACCAACAUGGGCCUCUGGAGGAAGUGCCACCGGCAGGGCUUCGACCCCGAGAUCGCGGCCCUCAUCCGGAAAGGAGAAAUCGAACGAUGCACGUACAUCAAAUACCACUACUCCUCAGCUACCAUCCCCAGGAACCUCACUUUCAACAUCACGAAGACCAUCCGUCAGGAUGAGUGGCACGCCCUGCACCUGCGCAGGAUGACGGCCGGCUUCAUGGGCAUGGCGGUGGCCAUCAUCCUGUUCGGCUGGAUCAUUGGCGUGCUGGGCUGCUGCUGGGACCGAGGCCUUAUGCAGUACGUGGCCGGGCUUCUUUUCCUCAUGGGAGGAACCUUCUGCAUCAUUUCACUGUGCACCUGUGUGGCCGGGAUCAACUUUGAGCUCUCACGCUACCCACGCUACCUGUACGGACUCCCCGAUGACAUCAGCCAUGGCUACGGAUGGUCCAUGUUCUGUGCGUGGGGGGGCCUGGGCCUCACCCUCAUCUCGGGGUUCUUCUGUACGUUGGCCCCUUCUGUCCAACCUGUCCCGAGGACCAACUGCCCUAAAUCCAGACCCGAGAAUGGGACAGUGUGCUAAAAAAACAAACCCAUACACAUAUAUAUAUAUAUAUAAAUAUAUAUAUAAUAUACAUAUAUAAAACAAAACUAAACCAAGGUGAUGCCAGUGCCAAGGUAGCGUUGAGUUGGCUCAGGCACCCGCAUCUCGCCGGACUUUGUGUUGCCUCAUCACCGAGAUGGGGGGAGGCGUCCCCAUCGUGUGGCUCUUCCAUCAAUUCUUAACUUUUGGCUCCAUGGUUUCUUGACGACAGAGCGAGCAUCACCACUCGCGACAGCGUCCUGAUUCCCGUCACUCACAAGGACGGGGUGGUGGGCGGGGAAGGGACAGUGCCAGUGGUCUGGAGCCGGCACAGACGGAGAGAAGGCAGUGCCACCCACUGGGCCAGGAGGAGCGGAUACCACCCCAACAGCGACCAUAUCACAAACAAAGCCCUUAGUUCAUAGAAUGUAACCAAAUCUUUGAGGCCAUUUGGAGAACCACGUCUUCUCCUGCUCUCCCUGUUCUGAUUUCCUUCCUGGCCUACCAGCGACACACGAAAAGUGGAAGAGAAACCAAGAAGGAAGUUUUCUCUUUGCUGCCAAACUGUUGGACAAAGUUUUAGAGGCGGGGAGGAGGAGAGAACAACGUGCUGAGUGGCAAGGUCUGCAUCGAUCGAAGGACCCUUCAGCGGAUGCUCAGAAAACCCAGUCGUACCUUCCAGCUGCCUUACACCCAGUUAAACAAGAGGCUGCCCUGCCCUCACCCCACUGCACCCCCCCGGGCAGAUGGGAGCCUUGGAGUAAUGCUGUGAUGUGCGUACGCGUGUGUGCAUGUGGGCGUGAGUGUGUAACUACUUCAGGUGGUUUCCUUUUUUUUUCUUCUUCUUCUUUUCACCGUUUUAAACGCACAUACUGCAUUGUUAACUGUUGUCUGUCUAUGCUUCGUGGUGGUUUCGUGGCCCAGCACGGAGGCCCCGAGAUCCAGGAGGAAUAAUGAGGGGCAAACCCACCUGGGUGCCAGUUCUGCAGCUUCCCAUCCCCGGAGCGUGUGCGUGUGGCGGGUGUUUUCAGAGUGUGGGGUUUUCUUGUUCGCGUUGCAUUUUCCUGUUAUUUUUAGUGCAGCUGAAAUUCCCAGAGGGCAGAACCAAGAACACAAUCGCUGGGCAAAGGUUCCUGUGCUUCUUCACGUCACAGUCCUGGGACGCCACAGGACUCAGUCCUCUAACUUUGGAAGUUCAAGACACAGCUGGGCACAAAAGCCGUGGGAGAAGUGGGGGAGCACGGUUCAGCAGGGAGAAGGAACGGGGCCUCUGUUGCCGUUAUACGUCUACCGAACGAGACCUUUCCCUCCCCAUCAUGGAAGCUGCCCUUUGUCACUGGACAUCUCCCCCUUCCCUAGGGGCGACUUCUGUACAGAUGAAAGAAAAUGGGUCCCAUGCAGAGAGAGUACCUCCAUGUCCCAUGGGCUAAGUUUGUAUGAUAUUGUGUAAAUUCACGUAGAACUCUUUGACUCUUCCCACCUUCUCCCUUUCCCUCUUGAUAUUCCAGGCCAUGAAUCCCCAAGCAGCCAUCCUAGUGGCUAGCGCCCAAAGCAGAGGUGGCAGAAAGCCAGCCCAGUGUCUCAGGCUCAUUGGAGCAGGUUGGCCCUGCAGGUGAUGCUUGCUCCGAAGUCAGCCAGAGGGUCGUGAAAGCUGUAGGGAAGGAAGCCAGCCUGAAAGAGUGGGCAGGAGCACCUGAGUGACCCUGCUGGGCUGAGCAGCCCUGGGGAGGCAAGGAGAGAGUCCCCAAGUUGUGCAGCCAUUGGGUCGUACAGCCGUGGGUCAGCCAUGUAGCCGAGAAGUCAGUCGCUUCCCAAGUCAAUGUGAUUGGGGCCUUUGCUAGCCACCCAGCAGUCUUCCUUCCCUCCCGUGCACUCUGUUCCAUCCACCUUCCUACCAGGCUCCGCCUUUUCUCACCUACAGACCACACAGCUUCUCCCUCCUCCAUCCACCAGGCUACGAGUCCUGCCUGUCUCGUCACCUGCUCUUUCUGGUUGUGUGUGUGUGAUUCACAUCUGAUGGGACAUCUGGUGGGCACGAGUGGGCCUGAAUGUGGGUCUGUGUGUGUGUGUGUGUGUGUGUGUGUGUGUAACUCUCUGGUCCAUUUUGUUAUGUUUGUGUCCACAUGUACCUGGCCGCGGGUGUGGGUGUACUCUCCAAGACCCCCUUGCCAGCGACACUGAUUGGCUUUUGCAGAAGUUCUUGUGCGUUAAUGCCCUGUGAUGGGUGUGGUGGAAGACGAAGGCUGAGAUGGGUAGCAGGAAACGCUGUUAGCUUCCAAUGGGGCUGCUAAGGACUGUUUCUAAAACAAGGGGUUUAUUCUAUAAAAAGGGAAAUCAUUUUCGGAAAAACCCAGGUUUUCAAUUAUACAGGGAAUUGUUUAAAAUUUUUCUUUGAAAAGUUAGAUUUCUCUCUUAAGGGGAAGGAUGUACUUGGGCUUGAGGAGAAGUGAGGAGACGUAUCUCAGAUUGAGAGGCCUCGUGUCUUCCUUUCGAGUGUCUUGAAUGGGUUCCACUGAGCAGAAAGACACAGGUGUCCGUGAGCGUCCAUUGGGGGCAGAGGGCUUAUCUGUGACCAGACCCAAAUUCCAGCUGUUCUCCAGUUGCAGGAAAAUGGGGGAAAGAAUUCUAAAUGGAGCAACUUGCUGUCAAUCAUUUAAACUUUUUUUUAGUAACCGUGGUUGAGGAUAUUGCCUCACAGACCUAUCAUUAUUUACACUCUUUUUUUAUGCCACGCUUGCCAUAAAUUUCCACUCUCUCCAACUACUAAUCUUUAGGAUAGGCCAUUAACACAGAUUACUGCAUCCCCCUGGAACCUUCCUGAAAUGUUACGAGGACUCCUGGGAAAGAAGUAAACCAUCUGGGCUCAAGUCACCUUCAGGGCAAGAGCUUUGAGGUGCCCUUAUUUAUUUAUUUAUUUAUUUAUUCAUUUAUUCAUUUAUUUAUUUAUUUAUUUAUUGAUAGUGGGGCCAGAUAGGUACAGAUACACUCACUCUGGGGUCUGAUCCUGUGUGGGACCCAAUAAAUGCCCAGCCACUUGUCCUGGCUGGAAGCCCUGUACAGAUGGCAACUCCUGGACAAUGGGAGAACUUUUCAGGUGAACUUGACCCCUCCAGCAUAAGAGGUGGACCCCAGAUUAAGACCCUGCCAUUCCAAGCAGUUACUGAAGCUUCAUGCUGUGAGGAGGCCAAGGAGGAAGAGAAAGAUGAGAGGAAGGAGAAGGCAGGGAACCUGGACCAUAGACUCUUUCAGUCAGACUCUGCCAACUCCAGAUCCAAGUAGAACCUGACCUGUGGGAUUUAGGGUCACAACCUCCUAAAGCCCCCAACCCCACCCCAGGUUAAGUUCAGAUCCCUUACAGGUGUGUAUGCGAGGUUUAAGACCAUGUGUGGCUUGAGCUCCAUCCAUGUCAACCUUGAGCAUGGGGGCCGUUGCAGCUUUUAUUUCCUUCCUUACCCUGUGAUAUUGGGGAUUCAGAAAAGUGGAGUGUCUGCCUGGAAAGAGGUCCUAUUUCUUUCUCUCCCCGUUUUGGGAAUUAUAGCUUCUUCUUUUAUUUCCUUUCCCUCUCUCUACUCACUUCCACGCUCCUUCUGCUUUGGCCAAGUAAAAUACUUAAGGAAUUCAUCUCUUGAGGGGUCCAUGCACUCCGAGCGGCCCCUCCCUUGUUUCCUAUGGCUGUCGGUUUUAUGAGGAGGCCUGUGGCUCCCUGGCCUCAAAAUAUAAAAAAUGUUUAAAUAUGCCUGUUCUAGCUUCCCCCCUCCUAUAAGCCCCAGCCUUUCAACAAGUCUGCCCUUUCAACUUCAGGGAUCAUGAAGUCACAAAGACUUGACAACUCCGUCAAAUCAAGACAAAGCCUUCCCGGACCGUAUGUCCACAUGCAGCACCCUGGGCCCUGGUGCCAUUUGGAUAUGUUGUCUUGUUGGUGAUCAGGGAGGAAGAUAUCCCAAGACUCUGAGACAGGGCCCUCCAUCUUAACAUUUAUCCAUAGUCAUAACAGGCCUAAGAUGAAAGUGCUGUGUUUAGUUGUCCUUAGUUAGUGGGGAGAUGUCUUGCUUUGAUCUCCAUUCAUGAAACAGGUACUUCACCCGGGACCUCUAGAAUUGACUCCUUCACCUGGCUUAUUCUGAGAGUGUGAAUGAACGGAUUUUCAAGUACCUGGGGAGAAGGAGUGGGAAGAAAGAUUCUUGGGCCAUCUUGGUGUAGUUUGUAUGGGACGUUUAGUUGGUUCUUGUAGCUAAAGUGCAGCCGAUUUUCUGAAAAUGGCCCCAGUGCUCCAGAGACCAGCCAUCCCAGUAGCUACAUCCAGCCCUUUCCAGGGAAAUAGGGAGAGUCAGAAUGAGAGGUGAUUGCACCACAGAUAAAAAUACUUGCUGUGUACCUGCCAGGUUGGCCUCUGUGCUGUCUUCCAGCUGGUAUAUGAUAGACGAAGGGGACAGAUUUUUUAGACAAGCCCACCUGAGGUGAUGGAACACAAACGAUUCUGUCCCUCUAAGCAAGUAAGCUUAUGGCUGGUGUUGCCCUCUUUCCAUUGUGCUGCCAUGAUGCAGAAUAUUUCUUACGCGUUAAUGUUAUUUCUUAGACUAUGUUAUUAUUGGCUAUUAUUCCACCCCCCAAAUAAUACACACUCAUUAUGGAAAAUUAGAAAAAUAAAAUACGAAAGCAGACUAAAAGAUUGCUCAUAAUGCCAUUGCUCAGAGGCAUUGUAAUGUUUGUUGCCCCAACACUUCCCAGUCAGCAGUUGUCUCUAUGAGUCAGGACUGGGAGGGCAGUCCGUGGUCGUAGGGCCAUACUGGUCAUUGUGGAGUUGACUCUGUGUCAUGGCAGCAGGAGCACGGGGCUCUGAGCCCCCACAGAUAGCAAAGAUGCCUGUGAAGAAGUUCAAUGUCAGACCUUAGUGGCGGAGGCUAAAAGAUUCCUACUUUGGGAUUUUUUAUUUUCUUCUUGUUCUUUUCUUUCUUUUUUUUUUUUUUCUUUUUGAGUGCUAUCUCAAUCUAAUUAUAGGUGUAAGAACACUGAAGCCAGAGUAACUCAGUAAUGAAGCUACACUUGUACGAGUUACUGUAAAUUUCAUUUCAGCUCUGCGCUAAAAUGAUUUGUGACUCUGGGCACUGCGUCUUCUCCAUACUUGAACUUCCUCAUCCACAGAAUGAGGAUAGUGAUAACACUUUACCUCAGAGUGUAUUAAGGGUGACAAAGACACUGCAAAGUGAUUUGCAAACAGGAAGUGUCACAUAAAUUAUGCACUGUUCUCCUGCAGAAGCAGAGUCCCCACUGAACGGAAUUCCUUCAUAGUUGCUGUGCCUCGCUGCUGAAAGGGUAACCUAGUGUGAGACAUUAUCUUGACUAUUGAACAGGACCCUACCUGUCAACUGAAGCACGUGGCAUUUUACUCCGUCAUUCAGGCCCCUCAGAGAACGUGGCUCCUUAAUUUACCCAUUCCCAGGCUUCCUGCAUUUUGUCCAAAGCCUAUUGUGCAAAGGGCACUCUUAAUCCCUCUUGAUUAUUCCCAGAGGUGGCGGAAUGAGUAAACCCUACAGGGCAAAUAGCACGUAUGAGCUGAAACAGUUCACUGUUAACCAAGGCACACGGUCAGUGCCUUACUGUUUUUCUUUGACCAUCCUCCUAACAUGGUUUCUAGAUGUUCAUGCCCGAGUAGUGGUAGCAAAUCAGACUCUAAUGGUCUGUUAAGUUUAAGAUGGAAACAAGUUUCAAGGAACUGAGCUCUCUGUUGUCCGUUAGUGGAGCAGAUGGUAUCAUCAGACUCAUGGGUUCUCAUAGGAAGUCCUUAGGAUGGUGCGUUUGCUAGGAGAGGUUCUGGGUGUGAUUCUGUCUGGGAAAAACUGAACUCUAGGUUCUAAACAAGGAUGCACUUCCAGAAGUGUCUGCACCCAUGCUGCUUUGCAGGGGAUCAGGUUUCGGUAUUAGGGUGAGACCUUCUCUAAGGGAAGGCCACAUCAUUGCUUCCUGUGUGGAUAGAGCCCCACCAGGAAUGGGGGAAUCACCCAGGCAGAGGGGAUGUUUGUUCACUACUGAGAAACAGGAAACAGGUGGAAUCAUUAGGCUUGGUAGCUAACCCUGGCUUCACUCUGACAGAUCUCAGCCCUGGCAACUGCAACUCCUUUGCUAGUCUCUGAGGACUGGGUGUGGUUCCUUGGGGAUUCUGUGCCCGCCUCCUGUCUCCCGUUUCUCCCUCUGGCUAAGCCUUUCCCAUCCUUUCCGGGUCACCUGUAGAUCCUUUCUAGCCUGAAUGUGUCAGGGUGCCUGCGAUGUUGUGAAUGUGACGAUGCCGUUCUCAUAGAGAGCCUCCGCUAACCUAUUCCCAUCCUCCUUUCCCAUUUCCACCCACAGUGUGACUGUUUCACUGUUCAAGACUAUCUGUAAAAAUGUACAAAUAAAAGUGGAAACUGAAAAUCAGGGGGAGGGAAUUGAAACUGAACCAAUGCAUUGACGUAGCUCUCAGUUUUCUGAGGACUUAUGUGGACCGCCCUAAAACCCUGACUGGGUGGGGUUGGAAGGGGAGGAAGCCAUUGGCACAGGAGGUUUUUUUCUGGUUGUUUCUCCGACAGUCACUUAGUGUCUGCUUGUAACUCUCUGUUCUCAAGGUUUUUGCCUUUAAAGUGAAUCUAGUUUCCAAAAGUAAAAGCAAGUCAUCAGCGUCUGAUGGGAAGGAGAUCGCGAAGGUCAACACAAGACCUGAUCCUGGGGUCGCAUUAGCAGCUUUGUCACUGGCUCCCUCGGGGCCACGGGCACGUCUUGUUACCUCACCAUGUCUCUGUGUCCUCUCAGCCAAACAGGGAGGGGGGGUGCCUUCUGGGACUCCUGGAGCACCGUAUCCCCUUGGCCAUUCUGCUGCUAUUUUUGGAGAGGCUUCGAGCCCAUGCUGGUGUGUGCUUAUUGCAUGGAGGGACGUUUCUUGCUCCUCUCGCCCCACUCUUUCAGUCCUGAGAAAGUAACCUCAAGCUAACCGCCAGUGUGCGCUCCGAGUCCAAAGCCUUUGACCUACCUUUUCAUUCUCAGAUGCCUUUCCCACCCACUUAGGUGAUGUUUUACUAUUGUUGCUGACAGAGCUUUGCUGUGCUGGGGUAGGAGAAAGCCUCUCAAAGGAGAUGAUGUGUGUGAAUUGCUUUGUAACCUAUGACUCAGUAGACAGACCAGGCUUGUGAUGUCAGACGCAGGGAGUCUGGCUAAGGGAUGCUACCAAAUCAAAAUGAAGAGAGCACUGACAGGGGGUGGGCAGCAGAUGUGGGUUGGCAGUGGAGUAAGAUAAAGAAACCUUUUGAUGAGGAAACGGCAGAAUCACAGAGCAUCGUUGGCAUGGCAGCAGACAAGACACCCCAAGAAGCAGGGCACCCUGAAGUAAAAGGAAGUCAGAAAGAGGAACAGGGUGGGCAGUCUUAUAACACAAGAGCUGCGUCCUCCACGACUGAGAGGACUAGCUGCCCUGGGAGGGGGCUGACCCAGGCUUGAGCAGUGACCUAACCCCUCCCACUCAAUGGCGCCGUCCAUCCACACCUCCCUCCUCUCCGAUAGUCCACAGCCAUCAUCUCUGCGAGCAGCUUCAGGAAGGCAGUUUAAGCCAGUGCUGUCCAACAGAUACAAUGCAAGCCAUAUAAGUAAGUUUAAAGAUCAUUCAAGUAGUGAUGAAAAUAGUAGCCCCAGUGUUCAAAGUCCAAAGAAACGGGUAAAAUUAAUUUUAAGCCCAUAUCAAAAAUGUUAUUAUUGUAUCAUGGAAUCAAUAUAAAAAUGUACUGAAGUGUUUUAUGUCCCUUUUUGGUUUUUUUUUCUAAUGAAGCCUUUGAAAUUCAAUAUAAAUCUUAUUCUUAGAAGACAUCUCAGUUUGGAUCAGCCACAUUUUCAGGGCUUUGAUAACCACAUGGGGCUUCUGGCUACCAUAUAGGACAGCAAAGAGUUAGACUCUGUUACGAGGCUGAAGGGGAGUCACUCAGGGCUCACAGCUGACAGGCUGGAGGCUGGUUGGCCCAGAGGAGAAGUCACAGGAGCCAUGUCCAUCCUGGCCUCUGGAAGUUUUGUUCUACCUGCUUAGAUGGAGGAGAGGACCAUUGCUUUUCAAAUACAUGUCACACCUGCCCCAGAGGGGCGUCAGCACUGUCCCCGGGCAUGGCCCCAGUGACCUGUUGAGAUCCUAGAGGCCAAAGCAGGUCACUUUCUUCAGCUUAUCCCUUAUCCAGACACCCAUUAUCUUACCAUGGGGAGGGGAGCCAUGGUAAGAUAGGCGUUCUCUUUGUCAAGAAUAAAGAUCUCCACAAUCUUUGUCACCUGGUUUAGUCCCCUGCUAAUAACAUCACACCAAUAUUGGGAGCUGUUUUCUCAAUCCCUUCAUUUCCUUGAAUUUGUAUCUUGAAGUCAAAUGCUAAAAGAGGAUGUACUGGGGAAAGAAAGCAGUGGCCACGGGCAGACUGGGUCUCCUAGGAGGUGGCAGUGACAAGCUGUGUCCUUUUGCACUGGGACUCGGCCCACCGUUGCCACCUCUCUUUCCUUCCCGGAGACUUUCCUUAGGUUUGAAGAAACCUCUUUGGUUCAGGGGAAAAAGACAAGUCGCGAGAUCUUAGUGCAGAGAAUAGAAUAACAUGUAAGCAAGCAACCCCUCAUUCUCAAAGCCUAUCAAAGAGCCAGUAGGACAAGGUUUGACUCAUGUAAAAUACAAUAUUCUGAGUCUUGUGUCACUGAGAGAAAGAAAAUGAGCUGAGUUGGUGAGUAUGUUUUAUAUAUGGUCAUAAGACAGGGACCAUAGCCGACAAAACCCUCCAACACCUGGAGUGUUUCUGGUCCAGCAGAUUAUUGCUCAGUCAGUAUAAAUUUAUUUACCUUUACUUUAAUUUGCAUAGUGCUUUCUGAUUGGUCAGACAGGAGUGGUGUGUGCUGCAGGAUUCCAGCAAGCCUCUGCCCUCGGAGGUAGCAGUUCCUGUGGUUAUUGGUGCUAAAAUAAGAUUCAAUAUUAUGUUAAUUUGUUCUGAUACAAUGUGAAUAAAUGUGUUGUUUUAACAAGAAUGCUACAUCUUAUCAGAUCUACUGUACUGUCUGUUCCUUCUCAUAAUUAAUUAAUUACAGGAAAGGUGAUCCGAACCAGAGCUUGAAACUAUCGUGCUAUUCUGAGAGGUGAAUUUCGCAGGGGAGUGGGAGGGGGGAUGAGAAGGGAAAUUGCCAGAUUCCGGUGACUUUGCAAGGACUAAGAAAGCCGAACGCAUCUGGGGACUUCACUGACACUGACUGCAUCGUGCAAUUUUCUUUUUCAAAUUGGCAGAAAUAUUGUAUUUCCAUCGAUUGAAGAAAAAAAAAGUGUCUGGUAAUUAAUUAAAUGACUUGUUCAUGGAAAAAAAUAAAAAUAAAUAACCUGUCAGUUGUGGAAUGUAAACUGAUUAAACAAUUAAAUAAAGAAGAUCAUGUUGUGUGUUUUAA